GCGCCCGAAUCGAACGACAACGCCGCAGAAGCCGAUGUGCACAUCCCGUCGGAUUUUCAACUGUCGGAUUUCGACCGUCACGUCCUGGACGGAGGCAUUGGGAAAGCAGCGGAAGUUGCCGCACGCGUUGUGCUGAAAAUGGCCAUCAUUCAAGGCGCGAACAGCCUGAUUGACGUGAGCCAAGCCCACAUUGACGGCUGUCUCUACACCGGCCCAGCAACCCUCUUGUUUGCUCAACAGCUCUGCAAAUGGGGCGCUAGAGUGCGAAUCCCCGCCACUCUCAACUCCAUCUCCAUCGACCGGGGGCGAUGGGUGGUUCAAGGCAUCAAGGCAAGUCUUGCCGAACCAGCCGGCCAGCUCGCGGACGCCUACGUCGAGAUGGGCGCGCGACCCACGUACACAUGUGCGCCGUACCUGCUCGACAGCGCUCCUGCCAGUGGUGCGCAAGUCGUGUGGGCUGAGUCCAAUGCCGUCGUGUACGCAAACAGUGUCCUCGGUGCCCGCACAAUGAAGUACCCGGACUACCUGGACAUCUGCAUCGCCUUGACCGGACGUGCACCGAAUGCCGGCUGCCAUAUCAAAUCAAACCGCCAGGCACGCAUUGCAAUUUCCGUCCCACCAGUUUCGAACGCCGAUGACGCACUCUUCCCGCUUCUGGGCUACGUCGUCGGCGAUAUCGCUGCAAGCCGGAUCCCGCUCGUGACAGGCCUGGAAGCAACACCAAUCUCAAACGACAACCUUAAGGCCUUCGGCGCUGCAUUCGCGACCACUUCUUCUGCACCAAUGUUCCACGUCGCUGGCAUAACGCCCGAAGCCAGUACAGCGGUGGACCAGGCACGCCAUCUUUCCUCCAGCACUUCUACCGUAGCACUCGCGCACGAUGACCUUGUGAUGGCCUGGCGCAAGCUCGACAGCGGCGCAAGCACCACCGUCGACCUCGUUGCGCUCGGAAAUCCGCACGCUUCCUACACCGAGCUCGCGCAACUCGCGGCGCUCUGUUCUAGCUGCACGAAAAGCCCCAACGUCGCGCUGGUCGUGACAUGCGGGCGCGAGACGUACGAACGCGCCGCCAGCGACGGAUUUAUUGAUACGCUGGCGGCGUUCGGGGCGCAGAUCAUCACGGACACGUGCUGGUGCAUGAUUUCGGAGCCGGUGAUUUCACCGCAGGCGAAGACAAUCAUGACGAAUUCGGGGAAGUAUGCGCAUUAUGGUGCUGGGCUGACGGGGAGGAGUAUGCGGUUUGGGAGCAUGGAAGGAUGCGUGAGGGCGGCGUGUGGGGAGGAGGUGGAGAAGGUAGUGCCGGAGUGGUUAGGUGGUGGUGGUGACGAUGAUGGGAGGUAAUAAUCCAUGGUCAAAGUAUUCAGAAUCUCGCACCACACGGCACCAAACCCAGGCAUAUAUGUCCAAAGAGCUAUUUCCAUCCACCAGCGCACUCAAUCACAGCAACGCAGCAUUACCUCCG